CUUCAUUAAUAUCAUAUACAAAUUCUCUUGUCAAGUGUGAUAAGUGAUUCACAUCAACGGCAUUCGACACAUAACAAUUCAACUAAUUAUAGCACCGACAGAGAGCUUUCAAAUCUUGUGCUGGUCUUUGCCAGCCGACUCUCUGGCAGCUUCCUCAACUUAUUAGUCAAGAUUUGCAUUAAGCUUUCAAUUAACGCGUCGGUUUGGAUAAAAGCUGUGGGCUCUUACAAGUUUUGGUUUUGAAUAUAGCCGCGGUACACGAUGAAAUAUAUGGAUUUCCACUCAUUGACAGUGAUUGUUCUUCUGUUGUGGCAUAUAAAAGGUUUGAAUUUCUUCUCUUUAGCAAGGUUUCUAAACCUUUACAACUUCUAAUUAACACUCGCCCGCUAUUGUUAAUAUUUCUUUGGCUUUUCUUUCUUGUCGCGGAAUAGAGAGAUUUUUUUGCGCAAAGAAUCUGUUUUCGAAAACAUUUCAAUUGCAUUCACCGUUGUCUACUAGUAAUGGUGUUUGGGCUUACUUUUGUUCAGUAAAAUGUCAAGAUGAAGAAUUCAAAAGUUGUUUUACUCAUAACACUUUUAACCACUUCUUAACUAACACGAUUCAAUUUAUUUCAGUUCUGCAGUGCGCUAGCAAGUUUGAAGUAGAGCUGGACCUUGACAAAGGCCUUGUCGUCAUACCGCCGGUACAAGGCUCCAAAUCUCAAGUCCAUCUUAUCCAUGGCCCAACAACUUCUUCGAAACCUGGUAUGUGUGAUGGACAAGCUCUUGUUCGGUUAGAUUUCAGUGGUCCCUAUAAAAAGGCUAAAAUCGAGCUCAUGUAUGGUAGAGAACCCCGUCUAUGGACUGCCACCAUAUCCGAUUCUGAGAGGAGCUAUGGCUUCGGGUCGAACUACGAUUUUUCGAGUAAUUGUGCUUCAGUUCAACUAUACAACCGCCAGUUUCGAAUUUACAGCAAUAGACUACCAGGUUACAUGUUCAAGACUAUCGAUGGCGAUUCUUUGAUGACUGUAUUGGACGAUGUCGUUGACAAAGGCGUGAAUAUGACCAUUGAUAUUUCAGACGAAACAGUCAACUGGAAAACGCACUCCGGCAACAGGACAAAGUUCUUCUAUGAUGUCAAACCUCCGUUCCGUAACAACAAGUACCUUUUUACCCUAUCAGGACAAGCCCCAGUCUACGGGCCCCCAACAGAUAGUUAUGUGUAUGCUGGGUUCAAUCGAGUACCUUACGGGAAUUUCCACAAUGGAUCAGGGCUUUGUAGAGUGAAGAUUACUUUCAAACGGGACCUGAGAAAAGGUAGGUACAAGCCGACGUUGUUGUAUAUUGUAAACUGUCGUUAACUUGUAAAUUAAACUUAGCCCUGAUGGUCUCUGUUUACUGUAUACUGAUUACUUUGUCGAUGUUUACUUUUAUUUACUAUUUACUCUCCGCGAAGAAGUAGCACAGACAAACUUUUCAUUUGCGUAGGAGGAAUUUACAUUACCAAGGCAUUGUCAAGGACGUGCUAAUUUGCAACAUUUGAUAUAUGAGCACCCCUCCACAUCCCUUUUUUCUGUCUAGCGUUGUUCUCUGGUGUAUGCAAAUAGUUUCUUUUUGAACUUUUGUUUUUCUUCUGAAGUUGGACGAGUUCUCUUGCAAUUUUUGUGGUUCUUCGGUACAAUUCGAAGCUUCUCGCCUUCGAAUGCUUGUUAAUGCGCUAAAAAAAAAAAAUGAAAAAUUACAAUGAGGUCAUGAAACUAAUGCAUUAUUUUACACAUUCUUUUUCACCUUAGGUUAAGAAAACCUAUGUGGUCUAAUUUCAAUACUUUUUGAAGGUAUUAUUUGAUUAGUCUAUUCCAACGACUCGUGCAGAGUCGUCACGCUGAUUUAAGGAUUCCCGAACAGACAAAUCCGUCUUUUUUACUUAUCUCCAAACAUUUGCAGAUCACUUGACUGCUCAGUCAAAGCCAUUAUCACUUUUGGUUGAUAAAACAAAGGAAUCGUUCUGACCAAUGUUGCAAUAAACGUCGUUUUUUUUAGGUUUGACUUCCGGUUUUAAACAUUCUUUUUGGCGUGUAAAUUUCCGACAGUAUUGGCCAAAGAGAACCGCCUGUAAAAAAUAGCAUCUAAAGACCAACUGGGUGACAUGCACGAAGUAGAAAUUAAUACCAUAUUUAAUCUUCAACUAAAUAGUGGCCAAAGUAAAAAUUUCACACACACACAAAAUAAAUUUUCUGCAGAAGCCUAAGAUAUAAUAAUUAUUAUACAGUACUUUGCAAAAAUUUAUGUCGGAAGAGUCCAUCUAAAUGGUAAUACCAAAGGAUUUCGUUCACGCAUAAGAAAUCAUCUCACCAACGUGAAAGGGCGAUGGACAGAUAAACUGAAAUAAAAAAUGCUUCUCUGACGAUAGUUGGAAGCACAAUAGGGUUCAUCUGUUAUAUAUUUGUUUGUAGAAUGUCAAUUAAAACUAACAGUAUUGCGAUUUAAACGAUGGUUCUUCGCAUCGGAACGAGUAAUUUCUUAAUAAAGGGCUCCAUUAUUUCAUCAUACACUUGGUAACAUAACCCGCCGUGAAAAUUACGUUUUAAAUCGAUAUUAUCUUUUCUAUUUAAUAUAGCGUGCUUAGCGGGAUGGCUUUUAAGCUCGUCAAUCUUGCCAUGUUGACACGGCUAAUAAUUUUGCCAUGUCGUAUAAGUGACAAAUGCUUAUCACAUAGUUAAAGGUCAGACAGUAUGUCACAUUCCAUCUCAAUGGAAAAUAUAAUUCGAUGUCGAAGCGUGCCAAACAUUUCUUGUUCCUACUGUGUUGAAUCAUAAUUGCCAGUUGGGUCAUGAUUGAUAUUUUCUGACGAAAAAAGACAGAUCGACAUAUUUGGAAUUAUUGGAAGUCCAAUGUACAAAAUUUUUUGUCCGGUUUUGCUUUGUUUCUUUUGCGACUUGGGCGCAAGUUCGCUUUUCCCCCCUUCGGGUGCUUCUUCGUCUCUUUUGUUUGGUUUUGGUUUGGUUAUGUCAGUGCGUGCCCAGUUUUCAAUCCCGUUAUUGGCAAUUCUCGCAUUAGCUAGCCAUUGAACUCAUCUUUUGGAUUUUACGUGGCUUUUUUUAACCCCUGUUCACUCCCAAUUCAAAAGACCCCCACCCCCCCAAAAAUGUUAAGUAACAAACUGAGAAACAAAACAACAGAUAGCACCCUGGUAAAAAGUGAAUGUUUUGUUGAAGAGGUAUGAUUUCGAAUGCUUACACCAAUUUCAUUAAGUUCACCUCCACCCAUUACAAACGUACCAAUGAGACUUAGUCAAUGCCAACAAAACCACUCUAGACUUUCCCAACCCACAUGUAUCAGCAACCGGCAAAGUAUAAACUUUCACGCUACUUAAAGCUUGGUAAAUAAAAUCAACGGUAUAUUUUUAACACCAUAAGUCAAAUCUCCACUUAAAGGGCUGCUCUAACCUUUUAACGUCUGUGAUCAUGUGGAACAUAAUUUAACGUCUUUGAACAUUUGUCGUAAAAAUGUUGAAAGAUGACCUGUCGAAAAAUUAGAGGACCCUUGAAAAAGUUUUGACAGAUUGACCUCUUGUCGUUUAACGAGUUAGUAGCUUACUUGAACGAAACAGAGCCACUUUUUUUAGCGUAUCUGCCAGCCCUUCGUUCAGCAGAGGUUGGUAUUGUCACGUUACUUCAUGUGUAUUAACCACGUGACGCAAAGAAGUUGGCGGAAAAUUCGUUGACCCCGCCCAUGGCGUCUGAUGUGGAUCGCCAAAUAUCACAGUGAUAUCAAGGAGAUCCGAGCGCCGUUUUCGUGGAACUCCCCCCCCCCCCUCAUAAUAGUUCGGUCUUUACAUAUCUGUACAUAAAUUUGUAUUAUCUAGCAUAUGUGCUCCUUACUAACUAAUUGAAUUAGAUAUUAAAACAACGCAACUGCGUUCGUGUUUACGGUGAGAGAUUAAGGUAUUAGAAUAUGAACUUAACUGGAGAAAAACCGCAAUUUUACAAACGUAACAGGAACCAAAGAGAUUUUAUUAAUCUUAAUAGCGUCAGAGUGAACAGUGUUUACAAAGGAGUUUUAUUAUACUGAAAUGGAUUUAAAAAAUUCUUUGUAUGAAAAAGCGUUCAAUUUUCACAUCUUACUAUCAACUUUAGAACAUUGAUGGGUGUGUGUUAGAUAAGUGGAAACAAGAAAACUCGAGAUAUUUUCUCGCUUGUUGUACGUUAUGGUAUCCCUAGAUUGACGACCCGGUGGGAAUUUCACGAAUAACUGCCAACAGCACUCGAUCCUUUCUUGCCGUUGAUAUACCGUUAUCUCGAAGUUGUCAGCGGUGUAGAAAACAUGACAAGACAAGACUAUUUUCCUGAUCUCAACUCGCCAUCCCAAAUUAAACUAUUUUUAGCUCGCCGCAACCUUUUCUAAUUUCAGGAAGUACUGUUCUCAACAAGUAGUGUGUCCAGCCCAAGAAAAAGGAAUUGUGUAUAAUGAUGAAAAAAAAAUCAAGCAAAUGCUACAGAAAUUGCUACACAUAACCUUAACUGAGCAAAGACUAGAAAAAAACUGGUAUUUGUUUGUGAUUAGUGCAAGACUUCCAGGGGUUAAACCCGAAGCUUCCAAGGUUUAGAUUGAAAACAUCAACCACUUAAGAUCUACAUUAUUGGCAUGGUAAAAGCAGGAUAAUGAACGACUAUAAUAGCUUUAUUUUUUAAAGAAUGUAAAUAAACAACUGGCGGUACGUGUGUUUAGUCGCCUCUGGUUUGCCGAAGGGCAUAGCUCAAAUUUUUUCCCGGUGUCAAAUGUAUCAAAAAAUACUUCCAGAUAGUACUGGUAGAAAAUUCCUCUUAAUUUUAAGCACGUACAUUUUGAGACUUAAAGUCAGGGUAAAACCGCUAACCCAAAAUUUGAGUUUGGAAUAGCAGUUUAAAGAACUUUCCGAUUUCCUUUUUAGCAUUUUUAAAUUUAUUACUUGUAAACUGUAUAAUGUCUAAUUGCCGUUGUUGUUGGUUUCAGAGAGGUAUGUGUUUUCAUGUGAAAGGUGAAGUCAGCAUUUAAAUACUGUCUGCUAUGGAGAGUUUUGCUAUGUAAUAUUUUCAAACACAAGGACAAAUGUUUCACGUGAUUUCCAGACACCGAGGAAUUUAUGAAAACUGCUAAUUUCAUCUGUGAAAAAUUUAAGUCUAAGAGAUGAUGGUUUCAUACGAAAGUGCCCCCAGAGAGGUUUCAUUCGAAUGGUCAGAGGGGAUUUCAUUUACAGACCCAAACGCAGGGACCAAUAUGUAUCUAGUGCAUCAUGUAACAGGACCAUAACAGAAAACAGGGGCUCGAUGGUUUUCCGUAAAAUAUCUGUUCCGAGGAGCAAAUAUUGCCUUGAAUUUUCUAUAGCUUGAGGACGGCUAAAUCUUUCUAAAUGAUCGUUACAUUCAUGUACCACGCUUAUCUACUAAAUUCCCUACGAUUUUCUAAACUUUAAUUUUCACAUUUCACUGCCUAGGUUAGGCUAUUUUUCCUAUAAAACGAAAACCUCAAAUUUUCGGGAAAAUAACACUGGCCCUUGUAAUUUCGAACAGACUCAAGUUCCCCUAGGAUGACCGAACAGAUACAAAUUUUAUAGCGCCACUUAGAAUGCAUUUCUAGAGAUCCAAAAGUACUCUGGAUAGCCUAAAAAGUGUUUUAAUGUUGGGUGCCCCUGAGAAAAGUGAUGCUCAGCAACCUUCAGUUGAAUGCCUGGUCACAGUCGCUCUUAGGAUAUCAUCCACAUAGACUCAAAAGUUAAAACUACCUCGUACAGCAUAAUAAAAACUGUACCACAGGAACGUACCGCACAGUACUUCAGCAUUUGAAAACUCCAGGGCGAUUACAGCAUUCCACACAGACUCUAACUUUAGAACAAUUCAGUGCAGCAUAAACAGUACCACAGGACCGAACUGCUCAGUAGCUUUUAUUUCAAUGGAUUUCAUCUGCAGACUCAAAAGUUACAACCACGUUGUGCAGCAUAAUAAACUGCACCUACCCCGAGUAAAUUGCUGCUUAGUAGCGUCAGUCUCUAUAAUAUUUUUUUGUCCAGUUUAAUGCAAAAAUCAAAUUGUAUGGUUAUUGUCCUCCCAUUUUCUUCAGUGAAGUAAGCCUAGUACAAAUUGUAGCAAAAACAAAUGUUCAAGACUUUCAGGUGUAAUAAAAUGUCUACAAUACGACCAUUCUAAUGAAGGCUAUUAAAGAGAUAUUUACUGUGACAGCGUUAAUCAUUUGUUGUACUCUGCGAGGUGGUUUUCCCUAGACUCCAAAGGAAGCAGCGGUUUUGCCGUGCUAGUACCGUCUGAGGUGCGUCUAAGACUAGGGAGAAAACUUAACAGGUAGUAGUUUUCGUAAGAGAAAAGCUUCCCUUUUCCCCAUGGGGUCUACUCUUCUUAUUUCUUAGAAAACUUCUUUUGAUUAAAACAUUGCAGAUUCGUCUUGUGCCACUGGUGAACAUGACUGCGACAAGGAACACGCCAUCUGCAUACCUACCAAGCGUUCUUAUAAGUGCAGCUGCAAACUUGGCUUCCAUGGAGUUGAUGGGCGGAAAUGCAAGGGUAAUGCAAUCUUAACAUCGAGAAGAGUUCUGUUGAAAUCGCUAUUUUAUAAGGGAGGGUAGGCUGGGGGUGAAGUAUCAGAAUGGUUAGUCACAGGAGAUAUCUUUCUUUGUAAAGAGGGGUGUUUUGUACAACAUCUGGGUGAUCUAAUUUAUAUUUGAAAUAAAUAGAAGAAGUAGCUGAGUUGCGCCACUGUUGAAAUCCUCGGUCUUGUUUACUGUUAGUAGCAAGUUAAUUUUGUUCAUCUUUUGGUCGACUUUAAUUUUUUGAAAUCUAACAAGAACAAAAUAUAAAACUAUAACAAGUUAAGAUGUGUUAUAUCUUGACUAAUUGUCCUGCAAAUGUCUCCCACACCCUAGCCAAAAGAAUCUGCGUGAACUAGAAACUAGAAACAUCGGAUCACACGGAACACCUCGAAAUAAGUCAAGUGAAUGAAACAAACAGAAGGAACGUUAAGGAAAAAAUAGAAAUACUCGCCCCAUCUAAGAAAAUGCAAGACAGUCUUGCAUCCUGGAUUCCACGUUCUGCCAAUGGAUUCCGGAUUCUUUGUCAGUAGAAAUUAAUGGAUUCCAGAUUUCAAUCGUUAGUGGGAUUCCGGAUUCCAAAGCCUAGGAUUUCAGAUACCAAAGCAAAAAUUUACUGCAUUCCGGAAUCCGGAUUCCCUUACGUGGGGCGAGCAGAAGGUCAGAGUUUCUGUCUUCCUUUCUCAUUUUACCUAUUGCCAGGUUUCGCGGGGGGUUGUUUCGGUGGUGUUCCUUACAUGUUCCUGGUUUUAGGGUCUCUUAGGAAAACCAAAAGAAACUUCAUGCCCGCAGUUGAAAGUACGUCGUCCCUGCUCUUGUAGAACAGCAGCCUGGGUUAAUUUCUUUUACGUUUCAGUUCUACUACUGAAUUGAAAUAUAUGAAAUGUACUAAAAAUCAUAUUUUGAAUUGCGGAUAAAGAAAUGAAAGUGGAAAUGAUCUUCGCAGUAGAGUGAACAACCUAAGCGGUUGAAAAAGGCUUGAUCUGGAAUCGAACUCACAGUGGUUUGCUCUCCAGUUGGCUUGAUCGGCUUGAUGGCAAGAGCGUUGCCUCCGGUCAUUGCUCAUAAAGGUAAGGGUUCGAAUCUCGACCAAGCCUUAAUUUUUUCAGGUUCUCUUUCAACCGCUUAUAUGUUGUUCAUUCUACCGCGAAGAUCAUUUUCAGUUCACUUUCAUAGCAAGCUCAUACUGUAUGUUUGUCAGUAUGUGAUGGACAAAACCUUUACUUUUUCUGCUUGUGUCUGUUAUUUCUUCUUAGAAUAUAAUCCCUGUUCAAUCGCAAAAGGAGGAUGCGAGCACUUUUGUCAAAACAACGGAGGUCGCGUGUCAUGUAGCUGUCAGGAAGGAUUUACACUCCACCCGAACAUGAGAAACUGCCGGCGUAAGUAUAUUUCUCACAUGUUUUGUUUCGUCAAAGGGGCGGUUUUAAAAUUCUGAUCAUGAUCUUUGAUGUGAAGAAAAAAUUCUGAAAAGAGUGAAUUUUAAUGGAGAAAAGACUUUUACCGUUUUGAUUGGAGGUAAGAGGUCAAGUGUUCUGGCACUUUCCACUGCAAUCAAAUAUGGCAAAGCCUCAACAGAAUAGACUCUUUCAUGGUUCUCCCAACUUUUGACAUGGACAAGUAAGAGAAAAUCCAACACCACUAGAAAGAGCGCCUUAAAAUUAGUUAGAAUGCCAAGUUUUGAAAGUGACGCGUCUUAAGCAGGCGAAGAUAUAGCUUAGCAAUGUUACGAAAAUUAACUGAACUUUGUAAGGUAGGGGGCAAAUUUGUACCCCUCACCAUACAAAUGUCCUUAAAAUUUCGCGACUUUGAAGAGCCAUAUCUUCGUUACUUUUCAACAAAUCAAUUUGAAACUUGGCGUUUUUACCAAUUUUAAGUCGUUCUUUCCCGCGGAGUUGACGGAUUUUCCCUAACUUGUCCAUGUCAAAAGUUGGAAAAGAAAAAAACAAACAAACAAAAAAACAAAAAAAAAAGUGGAAAGUUCUAUUGUAGCCUACAGAUGAAAUACUCAAAUGUAACCGUUGAAAUAAAUGUUACUCGGUCAGCAGUAUUGCACUGCUUGUAUUGUGUGGUACAAAUUUCCUUUCCGAUAGUUUAUAUUCAUAAGUCGGUUGAGUAUGAUCGUCCGGGUGAACAUAGUCCUGAAUAGGACUCACUGUUAUUGUUGACAGUGACUGACGUAUUGACAACCAGUCCUUUGGUUAACUUCAGAGUCAAAGGGAGUUGUAUCACGUCAGUUGAUGGUAUUAAACUCUGGUUAUUGACCUGAUUGGUCAAUUAAGUCGCGAUGUUAUUGGUCGUCUGACGGUUAAGCCGUGAUGUUAUUGCCUGUGAAGACUUAUAAUGUCAUUGGUGCCUUUCGAUCAGUCUAUUGUCACAGGUGUAAACAGUCGUUUAUUGCUAGUCAAAUGGUCAGUUGUCCCGUCGUUCUCUCGUAGUUAGUUUUGCUUGAUUCCGUCAAUAAUUCGUUAGUACGUUGUCGGCAACUGUUCACUACGAUUGAGAGUGGCGUUUUUUCAAAGUACCAGCACUGUACAAACGACUUACUGACGGAAUCAAGCCAGAAUCAAGCAAAACUAACUACGAGAGAAGUACUGGACAACUGACAAUUUGACUAACAAUAAACAGAUUGAAACGCACCAAUGACAUUAAGAGUCUUCAUAGCCAAUACCAUCACGGUUUAACUGACAGACGACCAAUAGCAUCCCGACUUAACUGACCAAUCAGGUCAAUUAGUCCAAUCAGUCAUACGUGUUCAAAUCUGCACGUUUUUGGAGAAAACCUUAUUUUGAAAUAGAACUCAGUGUUGUAUGUAGGUAUUUGGACCUGCAUUCUUUUGAUGUCUCUUUUUGGAGUAGUCUAAUGCAACAUGGUAUUCAGCGUUCUAUAUUUUUCGCUUAAAUCCUUUCCCUGAGGUUCUGCGCCACUGCUUGGGGAAUACUCUUUUCCGCACAUUUUUUGGCCUCUUCAAAGGUUGGUUUUAGUGGUUUUUCGUAUCCGCUGGGACACACGUUCUAAGCUAGAACAUAUAUUUUUGCGAGAAGUAUGACACCGAUCUACAUGCUUUAACUACAGGAACUAGAUACAUCUACAUCAGAUGACUAACUGACGCAUCUUAAACAAACUUUUCACAUUGAAUGUCUCGUGUUAGUGGAGUCAGAAUCCCAGAAAAAGACCACGCUUCAAAUUACAUGACCAGUACAUUCUAAUAGAAAUGUUCUUUUUUGUGCUGUACAAGGUGGUUGCUUGUGGAUAAAAUCGUAACCUGCGACCUUUUAAUGAGCACACGAGUAAUACCGUGUGAUUCUGCUGUGUAGGAUAGCUCACUCGCUUUUCCUUUUUUCCAUGUUUUUUUUAUAGGCGAUGAACAAGUGUCUAUCAUUAGCAAAAAAGUUCGUGUCAGACUUGAACAAGUUUUACCUUGCAAACGCAAGGAGCUGAAGGAUGAAAUUCUCGCUAAACUUCAGAAGAAGUUUCUCAGUCAGGAAGUGUGCAAUAUCCCUUGCAAAAUACUGAACUUACAACUGCGCUGCAAACAACAAAAAGGACAGACAGGGAAAGUUGAAAAAGUAUCUGUGUCUUUUGAUAUUGAAUUGAAUGAAAGUGCAAUAGCCACAUCGAAAUUCUGCAACAACUCAUGCGUCAAGUGCCAAAUGGAAGAACGAUUGAAAAAGAUGAUCUACGACCUGCGUAUACAUGCCGAUAACAACAAGUUAAACGUCUCCGUCGAUGAUCAAAUUUUUACCGUCUUGAGAAAGUCAGUGCGAGUCCAAAAAGAGACGAAUCAUUGCAGUAAGGAAAAGUCAAGACCAAGGCGACGGCCAGGUAAGAGACAUCGAAGACAUAACGGUCGCGAUGGGCAUUUCUCUCAGCUGCGCCGAUGGCAUGUUUUUAUUUUUUUAUUUGUCUUGCUUCUGUCUUGGACGCACGGCAACGGUUACGUGUUUAUGUGACUUCCGACUGCAUGUUGUCCCAAAUUUAACUGUUGCUGGUUUUAAAGAGAUGGGGUGUUGACACGUGAUUCUCCGACACUUUUUACCACCUCUUCUUUUCUCGUUGUUGCCAUGGAUAGCAUGCUUUCUUUCGGCCUAUGCACUUUGCAUGUUGACCCGCGCCUUAAGGGCAAAAUGUCUGUAAAGUACGCUUUGCUAACCCUAGGCACUCCAUUUAAUAGAUAAUCACAAACCAUUUAUGCACUUUUACACCGUUCUGAAGAGGUUAUCGUUUUCAGUAAAUGGGAGAGAGGGUCACUGAAUUGGAACAAAAGGUCAUUGUUAUAUAUUCAAAACGAAAAAAAAAAUGACCUACAGUUCUACUUUAGCAAACACAGUAACCCACUGGGUCAAAAGUAAUGGAAAGAUGCAUUAAAUCGCUUAAUGAACUCGCUGCCCAGCUACCAAAAAAAAAGAAAAAAACAAACCUCGUGCUACACGUUCAGUCAUCAUUUUAACAUGAUCUACUUAACCUUUUUCACGGAUACGUUUUCCAAAACUUUGCAGUUGUGAAACAACUAUGACGUUUUGAGAUUUACUUUUUUACAUUUUCCUAGUUUCUCGUUGUCGACGAGGGGAAUAUUUUGACGUGUUUCUCAACCAAUGCAUGAAUUGCUCACGUGGAACCUACCAACCCAACAAAUCAGAAAAUUUCUGCUUUCGCUGCCCUGGCAAUACGACUACACUUUUUCGUGGUGCUACCGACAUCUCCCAGUGUAUAGGUAAGUUAUUACUUUCAACUGCCAAACAGAGCAGAGCUGAGGUCCCAGACUAAUUGUUAACAGUAUGUAUGCGUUGUCGUAGUAACUGGCCCUGAAUUUAGCCGGAUAAUCGUUGGAGGUGUCGAUUUUAUGAACAGCAUUUGGUGGUACAUAAGACUAUUCCUAGACGAGUAAAAGCCUUUGAAGGGCAUUUUCUGUUGAUAACCGUGAACGAGGUGGUUCUAGCGUGUGAGUCUGUUGUUAAGUUCUUUUGAGACAAAAGUGAGACAGUUUUAAGUUGCAAGUUGCUUCUAACUUUUAAAACUGUGACCAUUCAAACGAAAGCUGCUGAGCAGUACUUUCCUGCCAGCGGUAUUGUAUAUUACUGGUAUGCUGUGCAAAGUGGUUUUGAGUCUGUUAAUGAAAUCCUAUAAGGUAAUUAUUUAACUAAUAACAAUAAUAAUAUAAUAUUAAUGAUGAUAAUAAUAAUAACGGUUAAUUGAUGCCUUUUCCACAGAGUAGCUCUACAUUCAUUAAGACUACCUAACUUAUGAAAUAUACCGAUAAAAAAAUGAAAGUACAUGUAGGUAUAUAAAAUCUAAAGCAAUUAGUCAAACGAACAAAAAAAUCUCAUCUGGAUUCGGCCUUAGUUUUAAAUAAUUUCGCGGAACGGGUCGGUCCACGAUCUCUAUCACUUAAAAGCGUUAUUCAUUUGGAACAAGUAAAUACUUACAAAAUUAAGUGGUCCACAAAAGAAGAAUCUUUAUGAGAAAAACUUCGAUGGUGAGGCUAACUGGUCGGGUGUUUCAAACUUUCAUUGUAUGCAAAUGAGUCUUGCAAUGAGCAUGCGGUUUUAUUUUGGGCGAUGAUUGAAAUGACGCGCCAUGUUCAUCAUUGCUUUUUGGCAAUGAUGUAAUUUCUCUCGAAUCGAUGCGCUUGAUUUUCGUGUAUUUCACACCUGUACUCAAUCAAUUCAGAAGCAAACCAUCGAACACGAUACAAAAAGCAAAUAUCCUGAGGAAUACUCGACCGUUGACAAAGGAGGACUUGAAAAACUUUUAGCGAGGAAACCUUACUUCGAGUAAAAUAAACGCCCCCUCAUUUCUCCUCUUAUCUCCAAGCAAGCUCGACUUAACGUUUUUUAAGAGCGUCUUAUUUCUGUUUUUUUAAUCAUUUCAGAAACUAAAUGUGGGGGAAACCUUACAUCACUGACUGGGGCCAUCACUUCGCCAAAUCAUCCCGACCCAUACCCCAAAGGGAUCGAGUGCGUGUGGCAUAUUCGAUGCCCUAAGGAUCGCCGUCUGCUCAUGCUCAUACCUAACAUAUCAAUACCGCUGACCACAGAUUGCUCUGAUCACCUGGUUAUGCGUGAGAAUGCCAGCCCUUUUUCUAAGACCACAUACUACAAGUGCGAAACUUACAUGAAUCCAGUCACCUUUAUCUCUAGAAGUAAGGACCUAUAUGUCAAGUUUAGUUCGAAAAGCAGCGAUGAAAUGGCGGAUGGAUUUAAAAUGUUUUACGUCACCUUUGAAGGUAAGCUGUUGAGAACUAAGCGAUAAUAAUUAAUGCCUAGGCCACAGGAAAAAAAUUAAUGUGACCAAUAUAUUUACUUGGACGUCAAUAGAGAGAGGUUGGAAACUACCAGCAACUCACUAUCAUUCGAUUGAUAUUUUUCUUCCUUUUUGACCUGCAACUGCCUACAAAUAAUGGUCUGCUCAUGUACAUUGUCGUCCAACCGUGUUUGGUCGCAAAUAAUAUUCUGCUCAUGCGUAGAUGAAACCACCCUUUUCUCCUUUUUGCGAUUGCUCUUGCUAGAAAAUAGCAAAAUGGCAGAUAUCCACUCAAAACAAACUCGAAUUAUAAACCAAUUAGAGAGACACGAAUGAUAAAACAAUUAUUGAACUCGGUUUUCGCAAAAUAUCGUUAUUUUUCAGAUCCGCUCGCCACUGACAAAUCACGAUAUUUUGCUCAACCUCGUCUAGUAAUUGUUGAAUUAUGCUACAACUUUUUAAAAGUGACGUGUCGUGCAGAUGAAAAAAUAAGUAUUUAAAAUAAUUGUUUUUAGCCUAAAAUCAGGGGACGCUUGUCACAAAAAAACCAGGACAGGCUAAGAACAAGGGCAAAAAAGAGUUUGCACAUAAGAAAAUUUGCUUAGAGCGAUUUUCGUAUGACCUUGAAAUGAAAACGCGGGAACAAAACAGAAACAACAAACCAACAGAAAUAGAGCGAUUUGACUGGUUUAUCGAACGGACACAAACGCGCGUGCGUGGCUUUUGGUUGGUUAAGUGAACGCUCGGGUGAAAAAACUUCAUGCCCGAGAACUUUCUAGAGAUCAAUCGAUACUUCGCUUUGGCGUCAUACUGCAACACGAUUGGCAAAUCGAACAAUACCCUCUCCAAAUUGGGGUUUUCUUUGGCGGGAAAACGAAGAGUCCAUGUUUUGAUCUUUUCAUCCAUUGGCUAAUAAACCAAAAUAAAGAACACUUACCGAAUCCAUUUUUCAAGGUCAUAGGAAAAUUGCUCUAUCGUGUAAACAGAAACCGGAAAGUGCAGUCAGCAAGAAAUUGCGUCGGUCCCUGAUUUCGCCUUCGAGUUUUUAAACUGUUGCAAACUGAAGGGUAUCAAAACUUGGACCUUUCUUUUCACAGAGCUACUCUUCAAGGCUUUCCACGACCGGCAAAACAAUAAUUUGCAUAUUAGUAAUUUAAUUUGCAUAUUAGUAAUGUUAAUUUGCAUAUUAGGAAUGUUUGUAAGAAAGCUAGCCAGAGAAUAGGUGUGAUAAUGAGGCUGAGGAAUCUAAUACCAACUGAGGCCAAAUUACAUCUCUUUAAGGCAGCUAUUCUCUCACAUUUAACAUAUUGCCACUUAGUGUGGCACUUUUGUAGAGCCUCGGACACCCAUAGAUUGGAGAGAGUACAGGAGCGUGGACUGCGCGCUGUAUUUAAAGAUGAGCAGUGUAGCGACCAACAGCUGUUAGUGAAAGCAAAGCUACCAUCGUGUAGGAGACCAUCCUGUAGGAGACUACAGGACAUAUGUAUUCUAAUGUAUGAGGUUAAACAUAAUUUGUGUCCGCGGACUAUUUGUGACAUGUUUCUGACCAACAACCACACUUACAAUUACGGCAGAAAGAUUUUUAUCAACCUAGUUUUAACACAGUUACGCACCGAAAACACUCAAUUCGAUACCUAGGUCCAAAACUUUGGAGCAAGAUACCAAGCAAGGACAGAUCAGCUGCCAGUCUUUCAUUCCUACGCAAAAAUUAUGCAUGUCGAGUAAUUUCAUGUUAGAUUUAAUGAAUGGUUAGUCUAAGGGGAGAUCAACAACAAGAAAUCUUCUUCUGUUACUUCAACCAAAAGAGGAAUACGAAACAAAAAACAUCCUUUGCGUUUUGUGUCGCGAUGAGAGUGCAGUUUAUCUUUCUCCUUUCUCACUACAGAGGUAACUAAAUAAGUGCUCUCUUUUUUGACAGAAAAGUAUCGCGAGUUAGUCGCCUCGAUUGUUGAGAAUGGUACCUUAUAUGGAAACAGCAGUCUUCAGAGAAUUCUCAAGGUAAUAGGCACUUUGCAGAACUUGGGGACGUGCUUGGAUACCACUCAUUAACGGCCGGCUCGCUGGAUGCCGCUGGAAGCAUUCAUUUCGAUCACAAAGCUUUGAGUGCGAUCGAGCUAAGCAUUCCUAGUUCAAUCAUUCUGUUAAAAAAUUAACCGAAAAGACUGGACUAGAACACUUCUAGUCCAGUCGUCUUAAAAAAACCGUUUGUAUUAACAUUGGAAGGCUUUGCUCUAUCACGCCCAAAUCGUUGUGAGCCAAAUUAACAGGGAACCGUUGCUAAGUGGUAUCCAAACACGUGACCAAGGUCCGCAAGGACUAUUUUAACGACAGUCUUACUCCCCGUGCAAAAGGACGCAACUUUGUUGGCCAGCAACUCCCAACAUUGCUAGAUGUUACAUGUUGCGUCCGUUUGCACACCCUGUUGCAUAUUAACUAACCCUCAUGUCUAUAGCGCAAUUUCUGGAAAUGCUGGCUGACGAUUCGCGGUUGAGAAUAUAUUGCUAGAAUAUUCAAUGAUUAAAUCUGUUUUUGUAGGAGAAUUACACUAACUAAACAAAGUACCUUAAAGCCCGACCGAUUUAUUUUCUGAAGCUUUCCAUAGACGGAAUGACACGAAGCAAACGAUCCUAAUAUUUGGAUGGACAACAUGUUAAGCGUUUAUUUAUUGUCUUGGUUUUCUAACGGAAACACGUCUCCUUAACUUUUUUUCCUUUUUUUUUUCCUUUUAAAGGAUGAAAAUCUUGUCACUCAGAUUCUUGCUACGAUGGCUGAACCACGCAGUUUCUUCUCAAAUAAACGUCAAAGCUUGACCUUUAAAAAGAACUUUCCAGAAUUCUACGACUUCGCCGAAAAAAAAGUCAGAGAAAUCCUGUAUAUCGGUCCUCCAACACGGCGGUGA